AGAUAUCCUCCAUGAACUCUAACUCUCUCUCUCUCUCUCUCUCUCUGCUUUCUCUCUCUUAGGACGAAAGGAACAAAGCCGCCCACCUCCACCUCUCUCUCUCUCUCUCUCUCUCUCCUUUUUUGACUAAAGAAGUAUAAAUUAAUCGUAGCUUAGACGACGGCAAUCAAAAGCUACAACCGUUUCGCUUUCCCUCCCUUCAUUUCCCUCUCCUUCUCUUUUCUUCUCUCUCAUCUAUCUUUCCUAAUCCCAAUACUCAUGUGGAAUUAGAGACCUAUUAAAAGUGCCCAUUUCGUUUCAAGAAGUUGCUUUUGUUUCGUUUUCUUGGUUCUUCUUGAAGGCUCCCGGGAGUCACGCUCACUUGCCUGCGGUUAUGGGUUCUCUGUUCACAGAUCCUGCAACUAAAAGACGAUGUUUUUGCAACCUUAUACCUGCAGCUGCUCUCCUCUGCAUAGUUUUCUUCAUGGGGAGUGCAUUUGUUACAACUGAUUAUAAGGAGAAAGUAUCAACUUGGGGAGCAACUAAUUCUGUACAGACCAGUCAAACCAAUUCAAAGACCAUACUCAAUACACAGACCACUCAAUCCAAUUUAUGCAAGAGUCAAAGAAAGCCCACAGGAAGUGAACCAUUGCCAAAAGGCAUUAUUAGCCAAACAUCGAACUUCGAGAUGCAGCCUCUGUGGGGCUCUCCAAAAGGAAAGGGUAAAACCAAAUCAUCAAAGAGCUUAUUGGCAAUCCCUGUUGGAGUAAUGCAAAAAAAAGCUGUGAAUCAAAUUGUAAAGAAGUUCCCUCCCAGUGAUUUCAUGGUAGUGCUUUUCCACUAUGAUGGUGUUGUGGAUGAAUGGAGAGACCUGCAAUGGAGUGACAGUGCCUUGCAUAUAUCGGCAAUCAAUCAAACAAAAUGGUGGUUUGCUAAGCGUUUCUUACAUCCAGAUAUAGUUGCUGAGUAUAAUUACAUCUUCCUUUGGGAUGAGGAUCUUCAAGUGGAAAACUUUCAUCCCCUGAGAUAUUUAUCACUCAUCAAAAGGGAAGGACUAGAGAUAUCGCAACCAGCUCUGGACACUUCAAAAUCUGAGAUUCAUCAUCGAAUCACUGCACGCUCGAGAAAAGGAGAUGUACACAGAAGGAUUUACAAGUUCACUGGUGGUGGGAGAUGUUAUGAGAACAGUACUGCUCCUCCAUGCACAGGGUGGGUAGAAAUGAUGGCACCUGUUUUUUCAAGAGCUGCCUGGCGCUGUGCAUGGCAUAUGAUUCAAAAUGACUUGAUUCAUGCUUGGGGUCUAGACAUGAAGCUUGGUUAUUGUGCACAGGGUGAUCGGAGCAAAAAUGUUGGAGUGGUGGACAGUGAAUAUAUAGUUCAUAUGGGAAUCCCUACACUUGGUGGGUUUGAUGAGAAGAAGGUGCAUCCUGGAUCACAUACUUUCAAUGAGAGACUGGCAGUGAGGAAGCGGUCUUAUGUUGAAUUGGAGAUUUUCAGAAAUAGAUGGCAAAUGGCUGUCACAGAGGACAAGUGCUGGAUUGACCCAUAUCCUGAGUCCUCGAAGAACUCAAGUCAUUAGUACAGUUUUUCUUGUUUUUCCAUUCAGCACCCUCUCAACAUCCUUUAUCAAGACAAGCUCAACUCAUACGCUACUAUUGCACCCAAGCAAGGAACUACUGGAGAGAGUCCAUAGAGACUAUCUAUGGGCUGGCAUACAGGGAUAGAUACUAUCUGAAAUUCUCGUUAGAGCAGAUAUUUAAAAGUGAAGCUUAUGAGAUCUACACCUAGAAUCUAUAUUCAAAGAAUGUAAUUAUAUUAUUCAUUAUUUUUUAAUAAUAGAAAAUAUAUCAUGAAAAUUGUGCAGUGUUGCUUUAUACAUUCCAUUGUAUAUUAAAAAAAUCAUUCGCUUUACUCUGUUCAA